AUGAAAACCUUGAGAAGAAACAAGGAGGGAAUCUAUAACACCGCUCAAAACUAUCACAGAAAGUUCUCAGCCAUCGCCAAGGGCGCUAGAGCUGACAGACCUAGACACCAAGAAUGCCUUGUUUUGGUGGAGACAAGGGACACUUAUACUCCACUUCUGCAUCAUAUCUUGCAAAGCUGUGCAAGAACAGGUGCACCCAUGGAAGGUAAGGCCUGCCAUGGACAGAUCAUACGUGUUGGAUUGCAAGCAGGCACUUUAACAUCUAACAUACUCAUCAACAUGUAUUCUAAAUGCGGUUUAGUUGAUUGUGCUGGCAAAGUUUUUGAUGAAAUGCCUGAAAGAAGCUUAGUUUCAUGAAACACGAUGAUUGGGUCACUUACCCAGAAUGGGGAGGAACAGAAAGCUCUUGGUCUUUUCUUGUAGAUGCGAAGAGAAGGAAACCAUUUUAAUGAAUUCACUGUUUCGAGUGUUCUUUGUGGUUGUGCAAUGAAAUGUGCUGUUUUUUAGUAUAAACAACUGCACGCUCUUGCUGUCGAGUUAGCAAUGAAUUUAAAUGUCUAUGUGGGAAUUGCAUUGCUUGACGUUUAUGCAAAGUUUGGUUUGAUAUAGGAUGCAAGCUGUGUGUUAGUGUCUCUGCCAGAGAGGAGUGAGGUUACUUGGAGUUCGAUGGUAGCCGGGUAUGUGCAAAAUGGGCUUUAUGAGGAGGCUUUGAUGUUCUUCCUUAGAGCUAAAAUGAUGGGGUUAUAGCAAAACCAGUUUACAAUUUCUUCUGCUAUUUGUGCUUGUGCAGGUCUGGCAGCUUUUAUUGAAGGGAAGCAGGUGCAUGCCAUGUUAUGUAAAACUGGAUUUGGUUUGAAUAUAUUUAUUGUUUCCUCUCUUAUAGACAUGUAUGCAAAAUGUGGUAGCAUUAAAGAAGCUUACUAUGUGUUUUGAGGUAUGGAUGAGACAAACAUUGUGUUAUGGAAUACCAUGAUUUCUGGGUUUGCUAGACAUGCUUGCUCCCUAGAGGUGAUGAUCUUAUUUGAGAAAAUGCAGCAGAUGGGUAGGUUCCCAAGUGAAGUAACAUAUGUUUCUGUAUUAACUGCUUGUAGUCAUAUGGGAUUGAUUGAAAGUGGAAGGAAAUACUUCAACCUCAUGAUAACAGAACACAAUGCGUCACCUACUGUUCACUAUACAUGCAUGGUUGAUCUUUUUGGUUGGUCAGGAUUGUUGUUUGAAGUCUAUAAUUUGAUAGAGGAAAUUCCAUUUGAUGCUACUGCUUCCAUGUGGGAUUCACUGUUGGCUUCUUGUCGGAUCCAUGGAAAACUUCACUUGGCUGAGGUAGCAGCUAAGCAUUUGUCUGAGAUAGAACCUAAUAAUGCCGGAAACCAUAUUCUGCUGUCAAACAUUUAUGCAGCAAAUAAGAAAUGGGAUGAAGUUGCGAGAACAAGGAAACUUCUUAAAGAAAGUGAGUUGAAGAAGGAGAGAGGGAAGAGUUGGAUUGAAAUCAAGGACAAAGUUCACUCAUUUAUGGUUGGAGUUUCGCAUGUUAGAAUUGCUGGGAUAUACUCAAAAUUGGACUGUUUGAUCGAAGAGUUGAAGAUUAUGGGCUACACGGCUGAGACUGAACAUGACCUUCAUUAUAUGGGAGAGAACAGAAAACAUGAACCUUUGAGGCACCACAGUGAGAAACUUGCUCUUACUCUGGGGUUGAUGUGCUCACCUUCAAAUGCAUCUAUCAGGAUCAUGAAGAAUCUUAGGAUUUGUGGUGAUUGCCAUUCUUUUAUGAAGAUUGCAUCAUCUUGUACAGGGAAGGAAAUCAUCGUCAGGGAUACUAACAGGUUCCACCAUUUCAAGAAUGGUUGUUCUUCUUGUCAAGAAUUUUGGAAGAAGAUUAAUUUAAUGGCUAUUUAUCCAGAAUAUUAGAUAUCGAGAUACUUUUGGUAAGAAAGUGUACUAGAUUUCAGAGAUGUUAGAGACUCUCGAAAUUUGGUCUUCUGCAAUUGGAAUUAUA